UUAAGUUAUCUGUUUUUGUACCUACAUAUAUAUUACAGACAUAUUUACAUAUAUAAUAAGUAGUUUUACCUACUAGUAUGCAUACUACUAAUUCAUACUAAGGGGUUGGUGGCAUUUUAAGAAUUACAAAUGAUAUUAAAGAUCGUUUAAAAUAACCCAGCAGAUCGAAAAAUAGCGCUUCUUCGACAAUUGGUUUUGCGCACCGUAACAACUCAUAGUUCAACGACCAAGGAUUGUCAACUAAGACACAACGUCUUUGCACGUAUUCCUGUUACAACAAUAACAACAAAGAGCUAAUACAUCCUUAAAGAAUAGACAAUUUUAGACUUGCUUGCAACAUGGUCGGUGCCACGUAUGUAUUUUUUGUAAACGAGAGAAAAGGCACAGUCCACAAAUGAUAUAGAGAGCAUACAUUAGUAUUGAUUCUUCUGUACAAGCCUCGAUAGUCUUAUACUGAUUUUACUUUAAAUUAUCGGUGAUAACUUUUUAAAAAAGAUCAGAUGAAUUGUGAUCAAGAAAGAUUUAUAAUCACAGAAAACUAUAAUGGGAGAGCAUUAAGGGUUUGUGUUAAAAAAAAAAACACGAAAACGACUAUUAAAGCUUAAAAAAAUUGAGCGAUAAAUAUUAGUUUUACAACUAGAUAUAUAUUUUGGUUAUUGAUCCCAUCUUUCAUAUAUCAGAAUUUGAGAUAAUGGUAGAAUAACAAUAAAAAGUCCCACAUGUAUAAAAACCGAUGUCAGUACCAUAUUAGACCCACUUCUGAAACCCUAUUCAACUGGCAUAAAAUGAUUAUAAACGUCUCAUAGUGGGGUAUAAAAAAAAUACUAUGGAAAUAAAUCUGUGACUUGUUAAUGGUUGGUCCGAUUUAAAUUUGGACCUCAUAGGACCUCAUUAACGUUGGUUUGCCCAGAGGUCCACAAAACGAUUCGGUUUCUUUGUUUGUAAUCCGAUUUCGAAUAUAAUUUGUAUGUAUGAAAUCUACUUGUCCAUUACUUUAAAUGACCAGUCUAUAAAUUAUAUCUUAUAGUAUUCGAAUUUAAAUUUAAAACUUUUGUAUUUUAUUUACAUUUGAGGUACCCUGCCCCCUAUAGAUAGUCUGCAUUAGGGGUAUGGAACUUCCCAUGUUCACAGUAAUAAAUGUCAAUAUUCUUUGUAUAAACUUUUAAGAAUCUAGAUCUAAUAGUUUCCCAGAUAAACGAAUUUUAAUAUAUAAUUCAUAUGGAGGUUUCACGUCCUCUAUUGCUAUUCCGCCAAUUAAUUACCCAAAUGUUCAUAUGGAUGACGUUAACUGUUAUAGUUUAUUAAAUAUAUUUUUAUAUUUAAUUCAUUUGAAAGGUUGGUUUGAAGAUAAGUUGGGUUGAACUAGGUUGAUAGGGGGACACUUAGGCCAUUAUCGCGCCCGUUGUGCGCUUUUUAAUGAAGGAAAAAUGUUUAUUUGUAAAAAAUUUUAAAAAACUGUGGUCGUGUGGAAUGUUACAUCCGGAAUAAUAUCACUCCCAAGAUACUUGCAUCUAAAUUUGAGGAAUAUUUGACAGUGGCAAAGAAAGUGCUCCAGAGUUUCACUAUCACAUUCCACAUGCUCUAUAUUCGUUUGAAUCCGCACAUGCUAUUUCUAUAGCUGUGAUAGUCGUAGUUAGGUAGAUAGGUAGGUACCCUUAUAAUAUAAAACUUACCUCUGGUAGUGAAACUUUUCUUUAAGCACAAUAUGGUCUUAGAUUUAGCUUUAUCACCUGCAAACCCGGGCGCCAAUUUUUAUGGAAAUUAUCACUUGAAAAUUUCAGGAAUAUCGGUCUAUAAAGUUCAAACAAACAAAUACACAUUAAUGUUCGUAUAUAUCUUAUAUUUGUCAUUGUGUACUUUUAAUAUUGUUUCAAAUCACAACAUUUAGGAAAAUCGGUAAUAAGUAUUGUGAUUGUGUAAAAAUAUUCAUAAUGUAAAAAUUUCAUUCAGCCUUUUCAGAAUUCUUAAAGAUAUUUAAGUUAUCAUGUAGAAAUAGCCAGUGCCAACCCCUUAAUAGUUUUGCGUGCAUUAGGCAAGUUUAAACGAUUAAUUACAAUUUAAACAAGCUUACAACAAGUGACCAAAACAAAAUUCCAUUGUUGCAGUAUAGCUAGCCAGUGAAUGGCCUACAGAAAUAUAGAGAAUCUAAAUCUUUAAAAAAACACAAAAUAUUAAAAAUAACUGAAAAAUUCUAGUGAUAAAAAAAUAAAUAAACAAAAAUAAUAAAUUAAAACCAAACAAAAAUCAUAUCCCAACUAAAGAAAAUAACCAAAUGGAAUGAAAAUAUUGUAAAAAAAUUUAACCACAUUAAGGCAAAAAAAUUUAAAUUAUCAAAAAUUUCCCACCAACAAUAACAACACUACAAUAAUGACGAAAAUAAUUUACGAUACAACAGCGGCAAUGAAUAACAGUGACUUUGUUAAUUCAACGUACAUGUUUGCUGAGGCUACGGAUAAAACUAUUUAUGAAACUGGUUAUGAUUUUGAACAGUCCAUCUUUGGACCCAAACGUGAUUCAUUGAAAAUUGUCAUACCGGUGACCGUUAUUUAUGUUUUAAUCUUUAUAACGGGCGUUAUAGGCAAUAUCAGCACGUGUAUAGUGAUAAAAAAGAAUCGUUCAAUGCAUACGGCCACAAAUUAUUAUCUCUUUAGUUUGGCCAUUUCCGAUUUUAUGCUACUGUUAUCGGGUGUACCGCAAGAAGUCUAUAUGACUUGGUAUAAAUAUCCUUACCCUUUUGGUGAAUACUUUUGUGUGGGUCGUGGCAUAGUGGCGGAAACUUCUGCUAAUGCUACCGUCUUAACCAUAACCGCUUUCACGGUAGAACGUUAUGUGGCCAUAUGUCAUCCGUUUUUUGGUCAGGCCAUUUCGAAAUUAAGUCGUGCCAUUCGUAUAAUCAUAAUAAUUUGGUUACUCUCCAUACUUACGGCCAUACCGCAAGCUCUACAAUUUGGCAUUGUUUCUAUACAAGGUGUGGAAAAUUGUGUACUGGCUAAUGUUAUAAUUAAGCAUUCAUUUCAAUUAUCCACCUAUAUAUUCUUCUUUGCACCCAUGUCUAUAAUAUUCGUUUUGUAUCUUUUAAUCGGUGUACGUUUGUAUCGUUCAAAUGUUAUUGACGGCAGUAGCAGUGGCGGUGGUCAUAAUAAUUCAAAUUCCAAAGAUUUGCAUCGUUUUCGCAAUGAUUUGUCUAUUGGUUUGAAUAGUUCAAAUUCUCAUGUACGUCGUGGCCGCUUAGGUAUGAAAAGUACACAAAGUGAUACGAUUUUAUAUCGUUAUUCCGGGGGUACUCAAGUCAGUGCGGUGCGUGGACGCAUUAAUCAAUUUGGCACGAAGCGAGUUUUGAAAAUGCUGGUUGCCGUAGUCAUCUGUUUCUUCUUGUGUUGGGCACCAUUCCAUGCACAGCGUCUUAUAGCAGUCUAUGGUAGCAGUGGAUUAAUUGCUGGUGGAGAGGAAAAUACUGGCAUGAGUGUGGGUGAUGAUAGUGACUCUGCAAUUUUUAAUCUUUCUCUGACGACUGAACAAAUAUUUGCAGCAACAGAAAUUACAACUGAGGCAACUGCUUUAAAUUAUCUUAAUUUUAAUAGUUCCAAUAAUAAUAAACAACGUGAACAGCAUACAAAAGUCUAUACAGUAAUGACAUACAUAUCAGGUGUUUUAUAUUAUUUAUCCACCUGUAUUAAUCCAUUACUGUACAAUCUAAUGAGUAAUAAAUUUCGUCAAGCUUUUAAGUCCAUACUCUUUGGUAAAAAAUCCUCAAAUGCACGCAGAUCACAAAAUUCCCAACGUAGCAUGAGUCGUAAGGCCACCACGACUCAUUCAUCAUCCAUACAUCGGGGUUCGAGUGAAUCGGAAAUGCAAUCAAAAGUCUCAUUGUUACAGACUAUUUCAAAUGAAAGAAAAUUUACUCCACAAAUGAUUCCAUAAUUUUUUAUUUAUUUA